AAAGCAAUUACCCCACAGAGUCUCAUAGAGGUCUGAGAGACAGGCGGAGCCCGCACUUCUGCAAAACAAGAGCUGUCAGUAUUUAAAAAGAAAAGAGUUUUUCAGCGUGAGGGACUAAUCAAAGCAUUAGGCAUUGCAACCAUCAUUGAUCAGCAUGAAUUUAUUAAUACUAGCGACUCUUUUUUCAAUGGUUUCGGCCGAAAAAUCACCUCGGCUGAAAUUCGCCGUUGUGGAGGCUCCUCGGUUUCGCUUUCUGAAACCGGAGAACUACACGUCGGUUUACCACCAAGAGGGAACCGAAGUUUUGUUUGUGGGGGGCCAAGAGGUCAUCUAUAAACUCAUCUUCAGUGAUAAAGGAGUGCAUGAUACCCAGAUCCCCGUGGUGACGGAUGAGACUACAAAAAAGACAUGUGUUUCAAAAUCAGCUGUACGGAAGCACGAGUGUGAUAACUUCAUCACUGUACUUGAGAAGGUCGGUGACUCUUUUAUUGCUUGUGGGACAAGAGCAGGUUCACCUAAAUGUUGGCACCUGGUAAAUGGCAGCGAAUUGAAAGAUAUGCAAGAGGAAAUAUCAGCACAUGAUAUCUUGGCACCUUUCCCCUCUCAGCGUACCAUCAGCCUGUCAGCAGAUGGGAAUCUGUACUCUGCUCUGUCAGCAGCCACAGGACAGGCUGGAUCAAUCCGCCGCACCUAUGGAUCCAAAAAGCUGCUGAAGACAGAGACUAAAUGGUUACAAAAUCCCCAGUUUGCAGGAGCCGCUGUGAUGCCGUACCAUGACAAAAUCAAAGAGGAGAUCUAUUUCUUCUUUAGUGAGGUCAACACUCCAGCGAGCCAAGAUGAAGAACCAUACAGAGCUCGGAUAGGACGAGUGUGCAUGGUGGAUGAGGGAGGGCUUACAAAUCUGCUGCCCAACUCCUGGACCACGUUCAUGAAGGCUCGUGUGAUGUGCGGGAAAAAAGGAACUCCUGUACAGUACAACAACAUCAAGCAGGCGUUUGUUCUGACCUCUCACCAUCGUACUGGAGUGAUGUACGGUCUCUUCUCCAAUGCCUGGAACACCACAGUAGUGUGCGCAUACUCCAUCGAGGACAUUGACAAAGCUUUUUCCACAUCUAAACUGAAGGGAUACAACACAUCUUUGGCUUCCCCGCGUCCUGGAACGUGUGCUUUCAAGAAUAACACAGGGGCUCAUAACCAGAAGAUCCUGACUGUGAUCCGGGACCACCCUGAGAUUGAUGACAUGAUCAAGCCAGUCGGAGAGGCUCCCCUGGACCUGCCGGUUGAAGACCAUUUCACUCAUAUUGUGGCCGACACAGUCCUGGCUGUCAAUGAUGAGCACUAUAGUGUCAUUUAUCUGGGCACAGAAACUGGUAAAAUCCUGAAGGUUUUACAUACCAUUGAAGGAGCGUUUAUCAUUGCACAGUACUCAUUAUUCAACGAUGAUAGUCCCGUCACCAACAUGGCCAUUGACUCCCAAAAGGGUCAUCUGUAUGUUGGCACCGAGCUGGAAGUACAGCGCCUCCCCCUGGCUGACUGUGGUCGAUACGGUGUCAGUUGUAGGGAAUGCAUUCUUUCACGUGACCCGUAUUGUGCGUGGGAUAUGGUGAAGAAAAAGUGUACUGCUAUCCCAGCAGAAAGCGGGAACCUUGUUCAAACUCUUGAACACUCCAAUGCCUCAGUUUGUGGAGAUGUUAAAGCUCCAAAGGCACGUAGCACCGUCCCCAAAGAAGUGUUAGUGGACAAAGACGGACCAGUCUUGCUGCCGUGCCCCGUGCGUUCCUAUCAUGCCAAAUACCGCUGGGAAAAAGACAACUGCAUCAAGCAAUACCCCUGCACCAUCUCUGGCUCUUCCUGCGUGCUGGCACCCACCCCAGACCUGCCCCUGAAGGAGGGUGUGUUCCGCUGCAUGGCGGUGGAGAGCGGUCUCCAACAGGAGGUGGUCUCCUACAAGCUGGUGUUCAACGGUGGGUCUCUCUCCACCUCGCUAGCAUCCACCCUGGGCUCAACUGUGCUGCUGGCUGCUGCGGCACACUGGCUCCUGUAGUUGGGAAGGAAACCAGAUGAGUGGAAGUUUUGUGCUAAGGUCAGCAAAGCAUGCACCUAGGCCUGUCUAAACUGCAGGGGAGAAGCUGUUCUCUGUAUAAACUGUGUUUCUUAUUUGGAGCUACCACACGUUUCUAGUUUUUGUUCGAAAGGCCGAGAAAAUGCCUGAAGUUGUCUCAUCUUGCAAAAUGUUUUAUCAUACAGUUCCAAACUAAAGUGUUAUGUAUACAUGAACUUACGUAAGUGAUAUUUCAUGCCAUCUGCCUGAAAGCAAACACUAUAUAUUCAAAUAUCUAAUACAUCUGUACUGCAUCGUACAUGCUUGCAAAAUGUUUGUGCCAUCAUUCAGAUGUUUCAGAGGACCGCACUGCUAACCAGCUCUCAGACAUGGAUUAUCAUAUCUUUUUUCUGAAACAUACUUAUUGUGAGUAUUCAGAAUUGCCAAGUUACUUAUAUCUGUUAAAAAUUGAAGUGUUGUUGAAACGUAAAUGUGCCAUUCAAUAUAUUUUUCAUUGUGUGCCAUACGGACAGUUCUAAAGCCUUAAAACAAGGAUGAGUCUUUUAUAGCUGUAAGAGUCUCAUCCUAAGCACAACUCGCAAACUGAGCAGAAGCUUCAGAACCUGCUGAACAUUCGGUUUUCUGACCUGACAAACAAUGUUAUUUCAGCGUGACUUUAGGAGAAAAUAGAGCUUUUUAAAGCUUCUAUAGCAAGCCUAAAGACAGAAAGAUGGUUUGGAAUGCAUCAUAAUUAUAAAUGUAAAUUUCGAAUUCAAUUCCAUAACAAAACUGGAGGCAGAAAAACAGAUUGAACCCCUUUUGCUUGGUAGGUUGACAAAAUGUACAGCAUCAUCAGAGAGUUUAAUGGUCCGUCACUGUGUUUAACAAAUAGAUAUGGACACUAUUGCAUCCUUGAUGUUUGUAUUUUUCAUGAAUCGUUCAGACCAAACGUAUACACUAUUCAUUAUGUAUUAUUUAGUGGUCAAAUACUCUUGAAUAGAUUUGACAGAUGUGAUUAAGUUGUUUUGUAGUUGCAGUGAAAAGCAGCUUGUGUCUAUUGUUAUAACGUUCUUUUAAUUCUAAUGCUCUACAUAUGCUGUUCUUCACCAUUGCUGCCUAUUUCUGAUGGAUCUAAAUAAUCAUCCUGCAUUGAGGUGUUCAGACUGUAAAUCUGUCCCCGUUUGACUUCACGUCAUUCAAUUUCAUCAUCAACGGCUUUCGAUAAAACUUCAUGAUAGUUAUCGUACUCGCAUUACAAUUUCCACACAGACAUAAUUUAUAUAUACAAUAUACUCAUAAAAGAACUAGCACAGUUCUAAUGGUCACCUCUAACACCCCCACCACAAAUGUUCUGUUUUUUUCUUCUUCUCUCAAAGCAACUGACCCCAAAUGCCAAUUCUGUAUUUAACCUUGUUCUUUCCUCACAGUAUUUUGGGAGAAGAAAUGGAAUCAGUGCAAUGAAAAACCGAUCACUAAUUAACCAGAAGUGCAUUGUGUUUACAGUGGUGACUUUAAUUGUUUAUUUGUAGUUGUUUAUGUAGCCGUGUUUGUUUACUGCAGUUUCAUUGCUUUGUACAUCUAUGUGGAUCUCUGGGUCGAUGUUUGGACGUUAUAAUCAAAAGUGUCAUAAAUGAAAGCCAUGUAAAUAGUCCAGGGACUGCAACAUCGCUGUAUCUUGUUACUGCAUUAGCUACUGAUGCUAGCUCAUGCUAACCUUCUGUUUGCAUGCUGAAUGUCAGCUCUGUCGCCCUCUCUGUGUACUUGUAUCUUUGUCUCUUGGCCUAACGUGCUACAUUGCACUAAACGCAGGAAAAGUUGUAGUGCCAAACUGAUGUUGUCUCAUUUUGUUAGAGAGCUUUUCUAACUUUUCAACUGUGCUUCGUUGCCAAACAUUUACCUUUUCUGACAAACAUACUGUAUGUGGAACCUAGAUACACAGACACAUGCACAUACUCCAAAUCACUUUUGUUGAGGUAAAUGACCUUCGGUAUAUAACAUUAAGUUGUGUAGAUCACAAAAGUUUAGUUUCUAUUAGUUUAUUAGAGUUUUACUCUGUAACUGGUGUUGUAGGCUCAUUUAAGAUCAUUUUAAAUAAGUUUGAAUUGCUGUCAUUAGCUAUUUUUUUGCCCAGUGAAGUGUUUUCUGUGUAGAUACAUGCAGCAGUUUACAGCUCAAUGUGUCUAGUGUAGGUCUACACCUAAUGAUUUAUAUGGUUACCAAAAAUAGAACCCUUUUUUCUAAAGGGAUUGAUGACCUUGUACAAUACAGUAAUAUACAAUUACAUGAACUGUUUCCCUGAAAAUGUGCAUUACAAUAAAAGUAAAAAUACUCUCC